AGAUGCUUGCUUCGGUUCAAGCACGGCAAAGCAAAGCAAAAGUAGUUUCUUUCGAUUCAGUUCACCUCACCCUCCCCCGCGAAAUCUUGGCAGAUCAACAAAAACUCCCAUCUUCGGAUUCUCUUUUACCCCUAAACCCACCCGGAUCCGAUUUUGAUCUUAUGAUCAUUUUAUUUUCGGGGUUGGUUUUAGUUAAUUGCGAGAAAUGUCGCGUUUUCCGCGAGGGUUCGUGGAGAAUUCGCCAAUGGAGGAACCCAAAAUCUCUGCUAGUCCAAGUAUCUGCUUCAGGCCGAUAAACCCUUCUGAUUUAGAACGUCUGGAGCAAAUCCAUCGCGACAUAUUCCCAAUCAGGUACGAGUCUGAGUUUUUUCAGAAUGUUGUCAACGGUGGUGAUAUCCUCUCUUGGGCUGCUGUUGAUCGGAGCCGCCCUGAUGGUCUUUCUGACGAACUUAUUGGUUUUGUCACUGCCAAAAUCGGGCUUGCUAAAGAAACCGAAAUAUCAGAUUUAAUAAGAUAUGACUCGUGUAAGGGAGAGGAGACAUUGGUGUACAUCCUAACGCUUGGAGUUGUAGAAAGCUACAGAAAGCGUGGAAUAGCUAAGUUACUUAUUAAGGAGGUCAUCAAAUAUGCUUCUAGUAUCCCUGUGUGCCGUGGUGUUUACCUUCAUGUGAUUGCACACAACAGUCCCGCAAUCCGAUUGUACAAAAGAAUGUCUUUCAGAUGUGUGAGGAGGUUACAUGGAUUCUACAUAAUCAAUGGCCAGCAUUUCGAUUCUUUCUUGUUCGUCUACUUUAUCAACGGUUCUCGCUCUCCUUGCUCCCCCUUUGAUCUUCUGGUGUUGGUUCUGAAUUAUAUGAGGAGCGGAAUCAAAUCAGUGGCAUCAAAGCUAACAAUGAAGCACGAAGAGAAAGGCUUGAAAUGGAUUAAAUGCAAAGACAUGACGCGGUGUCUCUUGCCUACUCAGACCAAAAGAAACCUUGCGUCUGAAAGAGUAUCAUCCGGCUACGAUUACGUUUAGUAUUUGGUCUCUGAUUCAUAGACUUUGUAAACUCAUUCAUUUACAUGUCCUCAUUAAGCUCUGGUUAUAUGAUCAUAUAGUGGUAUGUAAUAAAAAUGUAAAUAUUGUGUGAUUAGAAAGAAAAAACUUCUCUUUGGGAGGAGAGGUUCAAUCAAAACA